AUGGGCAGAAACAACAAGACUAGAGUCACAGAAUUCCUUCUCGUGGGACUCUCUGGGCAGCCAGAACAGGAAGAGAUUCUUUUUGGGCUGUUCAUGUGGAUGUACCUGGUCACCAUCAUUGGCAACUUUCUCAUCAUCUUGGCCAUCAGCUGUGACAGUCAUCUCCAUACGCCCAUGUAUUUCUUCUUAGCUAACCUCUCCUGUGUCGACAUCUGCUUUUCAUCAGUCACAAUCCCCAAGAUGCUGGUGAAUCACAUGUUGGGCAGUGAGUCUAUCUCUUGUGUGGAAUGUAUGAUCCAGAUCUACUUCGUCACCACUUUCGCCAACAUGGAUGGUUUUCUCCUGAGUGUGAUGGCCUAUGACCGUUAUGUAGCCAUCUAUUCCCCACUCCACUAUAGCAUGAUCAUGAGGCCCAAGCUCUGUGUCUUUCUGGUGGCCAUAUCAUGGAUCAUUACAAAUCUGCAUGCUCUCCUACACACUCUCCUCAUGGUCCAACUCACGUUUUGCUCCAACGUUGUGCACCACUUUUUCUGUGACCCUUACCCCAUUCUAAAGCUCUCUUGCACUGAUACCCUUAUCAAUGACCUAAUGGUAUUCACUGUGGGUGGACUGAUCUUUCUAACACCAUUUACAUGUAUCAUUGUUUCAUAUGCUUACAUCUUCUCUAAUGUAUUGAAGUUGCCAUCUGCCCAUGGAAUAAGGAAAGCUCUGUCUACUUGUGGAUCCCACCUCACUGUGGUCUCCCUCUUCUAUGGGGCACUCCUGGGGGUCUAUAUGCACCCUUCAUCCUCCUACUCAGUACAGGACACAGUGGCCACAGUCAUUUUCACAGUGGUGACACCCUUGGUCAAUCCUUUCAUCUACAGCCUGAGGAAUCGUGACAUAAAGGGAGCCCUAAGGAAACUAAUUAUCAGAGUACAGAAUUAG